AUGUCGUAUUGUCCUGCUGAUACGAGUGCGCUCUCCUUUGUUCACUCCUUGUUUAUUGGUCUUCUGUAUUUAAAUUUAUACUUUGUUGUAAAAAAGGGUCGUUUAUCCUCUCCAAUGUCUUCUGGUAAAAAACGUGAGAUAAUUAAAACCAUCAUACAAGGUUUAAGAAAGAUUGGCAAGAGAGAGCGGCAGAAGAGGGACGUACAAAACGAAGAGAUGGACAAAAAGGAGGUAAAUGCGUACGAUGAAAAUGUAGGUGAAGACAAGGUGGAGUUAAGUAGCGGUGGUGAGAAAAAUAAUGGUGUAAUAAUGUGUGCCGGCGGCAACGAUGCCAAGCAUGUUACUGCCAUUGGCGAUGACAGCAGCUGUGUCAGCUCGGCUAGGGCUACCAGCCACACGGUCUCGUUCCACGCCAAUAACAGGUCUAUCAGGAUGUGUUCCUACAAGUCAAAUAUCUUCAAUGAAAUACGUUGCUUAAGAAAAGUUGGGGAUCUCUUCACCAGGGAUGAUUACAUAUACUCGUCUGACUUGGUGGGAAAGAGCGGCAGUGUUCUGUUUUUCUCUCCAGAUUUCAAUUUUCUGGUAAAAACGAUAAGAAAACAUGAAAAGAACACGCUUCUAUCUCUCAUUCCUAACUAUAUAGAGCAUAUAAAAAAAUAUGACACGACAUUCCUCAGCAUCUACUAUGGAUGCUAUAAAAUAGUGAUCGAGCGUACGCAGAUUUACUUUAUAAUCAUGAACAACUUCCUGCCACCCCGGAAUGUUCACCAACUCUACGACUUGAAAGGUUCCUUCUACAAGAGGAUGGGGACGAGCAACGAUAGCACGGUGCUUAAGGACUUAGAUUGGAGAAGAAACAAAAAAAGAGUCUACAUAGAGGAUAGGGUGGAAAUGAUCGAACAAAUAGAAAAGGAUGCGGUGUUCCUAGAGGAGAACCAAAUAAUGGAUUAUAGUUUGCUGCUGGGUGUGACAGGCACCGGCAAAGAAGCGUUCAGCGAUGGUAGCUACGAUGGCAGUUACUCCGAUGCAAGCGGAACCAGCACUUUUUCUCCAGACAGACGGGGAGUACGUAGUGAUGUGUCGUGGAUAAACCUGCACAAUGAACGAAGUGAUAGAAAGAAAGGAAUUGUUUACCAUUAUAUCACAGAAAAUAGCGAGAAUACUGAAAUAGAUGGUCUUUUUGAUACAGAAAAUCGUCUAAUACGUGGUUACUCCGCCGAUGUCAGCGGUAUAAAAGAGGUGUAUUUCAUAGGAAUUAUUGAUUUGUUAACGAAAUGGAGUUGGAGAAAAGCACUGGAGUAUCAUUUUAACCGUUUAUUCUGUAAAAAAGAGUUCUCUAGCGUAAAUCCGAAGGCGUACAAGGAGAGAUUUAUCACAAUGGUGAGAAAAAGAAUCUUUCAUGAGAAAGACAAUAAGACAAUUGAAUAA